ACAAAAAAUGGACAACCAUGUUCGCCUGACAUUUGUCAACUUUCAGCUUAUGGCCGCCAGUCAAUGUCAAAAACUUUGUUUUGUUUACACGUUCGUAUUUUAAUCCCGAUUUAUAAUUUCCCAUAAAAACACAAUUAAAGUCGAUUUUAAAUGACAUCCGAACCUGUCCCACACCAAGUUUUCAACAAAACCUAAUCCUUAAGGUUCAAACAUGAUUACUGUACAAGAAAAGCUUCAACUUAAAAGGGAACCAUUGGACAAAUGGUCUCUAAGAGAACAGCUCUGCUUGGCCUCCGCAGUAGCCAGAAGCGGAGACCAAAACUGGAUGUCAGUGAGCAGAUCUCUGAAGCCUUUUGGAGAAGCAAACAGACCGACCGAUUGGUUUCACCAGAAAAACUGUGCUUCUCAGUAUGGAUCCUUACUGGGGAACACUGAAACCCCAAAGAGAAAUAAGAAACGAACAGAAUCGGGAGUAGUAGAGACACCUGCGGAGUGUAUCCUAAAGAGGUUGUUGGCCGAGAGGCAAAGAGAACUAAGGGCUUUUUUGGCAGAAGAGAAAGCCGAGUACAAGAAGUUACAAGAUGAUAUGAAGAUAUUGCAAGCAGGUAAUGUCUCAGAAGAGCAGCUGGACAAAUGGUGUAAAGAAAUUGAUGAUGAAGAAGUCAAAAGGGAACAGGAAGCUCUUAACCAUUCCAACUGGUUGAAACAACGCGAUCUGAGAAAGUUGGAGAUUGAGAGGGCUUGGAGACCCCCCAUUAAAACAAACUCACCCACUAUAGGACAAAAAAGGAAAACCUCGGAGGCAGGGGAAGAUUCUAAUGACAUGGACGUAGAUAAAAAAUUCCAAACACCAGAAACCACCAUGCAAUUUCAGCAAUAUCUCACAUCCCCACAACAACAGAGAUUUUUUCAGCAACAAGAACUUCCACCCCAAUCGCAAGAACAAUCAAAACCUGCUCUAUCGCCUCUCUUAACCAGCUUAUUAAAAUCACCCUCGCAAGUGCAAAAUAUUUCAACAACCCCCACGUCGAUUCUACACUGUGCCAUAACCGGACAAUCCGUCACAAAACCGGUGGUGGAGUCCUACUCAACCAUGCCGAAACCGCCCGAUUACCCAGAUUUUACCAAUCAAGACUCAAAUCUGGUUAACGAUGAUUCUGUUCAACCGUUAAACGCCGACCUCUUGGACGACGCCAAUAUAAAAAUCGACGAUCUGGCCAAAAGUAUCUUGGAAGACGGGCCUUUUCCAGAAAUCAAGAAAGAGGAAGUGGACGACAUCAUAUCGGAAAUAAUCGAGAGUUCGCAAGAUUUGGUGACGGAUCCGGAACAACACUUACAACUGGACGGCAAUGGUGACAUACAGAUCAGCUUGGAGCUGGAUGACUUGGAAAAUGUCGACGAGGAACCACUUCAGCAAGAGAGAGCUCCUUCUCCUCCACCUUCGGAGGAACCUAAGGCAACUGCUCCAGAAAAAUCCCCUGCGCCCGUGGUCGACCCUUUUGAGUUUCAAGAGGAUCCUGUGAUAUUUCAAUCCCCCAUGAAACCUUCGUCUUUGAAGCAGGACGGUGGGCAAUACACCACGAUUUAUCAAAACUCCCCCGUAAAAAGUGAAGAACCCAAGAAGCCUGCCCCAGUGGAAGAUUCGGAGGAAAAGAAUGAACCUGAGGAAAAACCUGACAAAGACCAGCUCCAGUGUUCCGUUGACAUAGUGCCGGAAGAGCAGGACACUGAACCAGAACUGAAUAAGGAUCAAAUAAGGGAUAUCGUGCAUUCCGAGAGUGUCGCCGUCAAAGAAGAGCCAACGAUUGAAAAAGUGGAACCAGACAGCCGCGAAGUGUCCGAGCAAGAACUCGACAAUGAAGAAUCCAAAUCGACCGAUUACUUUGAUGCGAAAACCAAAGAUAGCAACGAGGGUUCGAGCACCUCAUUAGGCCAGUCGGAAGAAGUUAAGGACGAGUUUGCGGACGACUUUUAUGACAAUAUUAAUAUGGAGGUGAAAAUUGACAAGACCGGCAAGACGAAGAGGGAUUACUCCCGUCCAAAGAAGCGAGACGACAAGAACUUCGAUAUGCUUUUAGCCAUAGAAAAAGCCCAACUGGACGACGUUGGCACAUCCGAUGACGGAGAGUAUAAAACUGAUAAAAAGACGCGAUUAAACUCGGAAACCGAACGCUCAGCGAGUCCCUGGACCGAAGAAGAAACCUCGUUUAGGUCCAACAAGCGGCGACUAUCCAUGCCCGGCACCCCAAUCGAUUCUCUACCAGGAUCUCCCGCUUCGAGCGUAUACGAUGACGACAAAGAUUACCGCAAUUGGAAGAAAUCCGUUACGCUAGUCUACAACCGGUUGGCCUCCAACAAAUACGCCUCGUUAUUCUUAAAACCGAUCACAGACGAUCAAGCUCCGGGGUACAGUUCCGUAGUUUACAGACCGAUGGAUCUCCAAACGAUUAAGAAGAACAUCGAUAACGGAAUCCUUAGGACCUCGUUGGAAUUUAAACGAGAUGUUAUGCUGAUGUUUACCAAUGCGAUUAUGUAUAACAAAACUAACGGCACUGUGUACAAUAUGGCGCUGCAAAUGCAGCAGGAAUCGUUGAACCCUAUUGAGAUAUUGUUGCAGGCCGAUGGGCAAGUGGAAGUGCCUGCCAGAAGAGAAACCAGGACUAGUGACGUUAGUGUGAAAAGGAAAAGGUUGGCCAGUGAUGUCGAACCAGUGAAGAGUAAGAAAGCUAGGGAGUGUAGUUAAGUUGUAAGUGAAUGCAUACAUUUGUUAUGCAUUGGAUUUUAAUGAAAUAUUGUUUAUUAAUUAUGAAUUGCUUUAUUAGGAGCUUCUGUGGUAGCCUAUGCUCUAGGCUUGAGAAGUACUAUUUUGAUUGAAAAUAUAGAGAUGUUAUUAAGCUUA